AUGAACAAUGAAAAUAGUGUGGAAGGUGAUCACCAAAGUCUGAUCAACAUCCUUCUACAAAAUCCGGAAGAUUUCAACUUAAAACAGAAACCCUCUGGAAUACGCGAAAAUAAAAUGUUCACUCUGGAUAUGAGAGAAAUUCCAAUAUCAUCCGCCAAAGCUGAUGACAAUGGAGCAUAUAUUUCCAAAGGCAGUGUUACAAAGUUCUAUAUGUACAAUGAGGAGGGGUCGCGCACAUCCCACAAAGAUGGAAAUGGCGUAUGGUAUGUCAAUAUACGAGACUCUAAAGGUUACAGGAAAGAAAUCGUUCCAGCAAACGAAAUAUAUGAGUUGAAACGGGAGUACCACACAAGUAAGAGCAAUCCUAAGUUCUCCCGAGCUAUCACCACAAUUAAAGGUUAUGCUGAAAAAGAACCAAGGCCCUUUUAUGUUGUCACGUACAAAUGGGCAGAUGGGGCGGAUCAACGCUUCGACCUUCCUCGGCACGGGAAUGCUACCAAACCAACCAGUGGCCAAUACUACAGGAAAGAUCCCAGUCUUUUCUCAAAGGUCGAUAAUCUGAUCGCUAAGGGGUUAUCAACGGAUCAAGUUUAUAACUCCAUUGCCAGAGCUGGAGCUAGUACUGUUAGUGAAGCUAUACCUGGUCCCAAGUUAAUUGACAACAGAAAGCUGUUAUCAAAGAAAGAAACUUCGACUAGUUCCAGUAGCAAGAAACAGUUCAAAAGUGAAGCAGAGGAGAUGAUUUCCUGCCUACAAUCGGUUCCUUUCCUCCAAAGUGUAACAUUGACGAAAGAAAGUUAUGUUGCUUUCAACAGUCUCUCAAACAUGAUCAAUGACUUGUACCGCUUCUGCGUAAAUGGGAAUUCGGUACUCCGAGUAGACACUACAUUUGAACUUGUCGAAGGGCUCUGGCUCACUGACACGACGUACACAAACGAAGCCCUAAUCGAUUUAAAGGGGAAAAAUCCAGAGUUCCCUGGGCCAAGCUUUUGGCAUUUUCAUAAGACCAGAGAAUGCUAUCGAAGAUUUGCAGGCGAGAUUGUCAUUAAGAAGCCAGAGCUGCUCAAAAUUAAAAAGAUCGGCCAUGACUUAGAUAAAGCCCUAUCUCAAGGACUAUGUGACGUUUUCAACGAAGCUAAAAGGCUCUGGUGCACUCAACAUAUGCAAGAGCGUGAUGUCCACAAGCUCAAAACUCUUGGGUGUACCCAGCGUUCCCAGUCAAGGGCGAUGUCUGAUAUAUACGGGACGCAAGAUGCAGUUCUUUUAUAGAAUGGUUUAGCAGACGCAGAGGACGAAUGCGAUUUUGAUGCUAAACUGGAAAGCUUGAAGCCGGUAUGGGAAGAAAUAGCCCCAGGUUUCCACCAUUGUUUCAAAAGCAACAGAUCUAAGCUGUUCAAAGAUUGCCUCGUUCUUUCUGCAAGAGAAAAUCUCGGCAUUGAAGGCAGAUUUUACACGAAUGGCCUCGAAUUAAAACACAAGCUUCAGAAGAAGAGAAUGGCCGAAGAGGACGUCCCCAAAGAGAUCGCAGCCGUUACUGCCCAGUUGUUCACAUGGGCAGAGGAGUUUUACUUGGAAGAAGAGAGGGCAAUACAAGGCCUCGGGAAGUACCGUCUUGCUCCCGGCUAUGACCAUUUUCAAGUCGAUGCCGUAAAGUGGAACAGAUGGGGCCCGGCAAGGCAGGCACAACAUCUGGAAGCGUUCAGAGGGUUUGUUGCAUGCUCAUAUGAUACGUACGCCAAGCCGAAGUCUGCUGGUCUGAAGGCAACUCCACCUUCCAAGAAAAGACGAGCGCAGUUACCGGAACCAGAACUAUUUAGCGAGCGCACAACACCAGCAGCUUGCAAGAAGGUAGCUGUUUCACCGCUGGUCAUUUCUAAAGUCGGCAAAGAAGCUGAAUGGAAAGUAAGUAGGUACAAAGAGCAAAACAUAGGCGAAACAAAUGUCGGGGUAUUCAAAGAUAAGUUAAAGUGUGAUUCUGUGAUAAGUUACCUUAUUUAUACAGGUUGUUAAAACUGGAGAAAAAUCCAACGUGAUGCAGUGAAGCAUGUACGAUAUUUUGUUGUACAAACAUAACUUAUUAAAAAGUACAUUAUCCCUUAAUUGAAAAUAUGGUUUUGGUGACCUUCCCUGAAUACAUUCCCUAUAAUUAAUCACAAAAUACUGUCGGUGAACACACAAUCUUAAUAAUGCUACUGAGUCACGUAUCAUCGAAUAUCUCACCAUUUUUGUCAAUGUAUUUUCUUUUCCUUUAUUUGUUUCAUUUCUCAGGUGCAACCGAAGAAGGACUCUCGGAACCUGGAACUACUGGAUCCAGACAGAAUUUCUGGGAAACAGUUCGAACUUGUUAGCCGACUGGACAACAAACGUUGUCCAAAAAGUGUGCAGAGGUGUGAACAAUGUAGAGUCGCAUUUCAGCAGGCUGAUAUUGUCUUGGUGAAGACGGUUGGAGUACGUGAGCGAACGGACAAGUCAGGAAAGCUUGUGAAGUAUACGGGGAAUGUGUAUCUCCAUUUCCUAACAAAGUGCCUUAAAGAAUUUGAUCAGAACUUUAAAUUUUCUGCUGUAACCGUGCCAAGUAAAACACUAAAGUUCUUACCUGACGGCAGCCGCGAGAACCUGGAAGCAAAAGGGUUAAAAGUAGAAUAUGACGAAGAACAAUGA